AUGAGUGACCCAACUCAAGGAUUGCAGAUCAUCCUUGCGGCUGCCCAGCAUGAUAUACAAGCACUCAGAGUCUUACUCCGCGAUGGAUCCGCCAAUUUCCAGGAUGCAGAGACGGGCUUUGCGCCCCUGCAUGCGGCCAUUGCAGCCUGUGAGGAUAAUGAUUCUGUCCCGCGCGAUACGAAUGGAGCGAAUGAUAUCCACAUAAACGGUAACGCUCCCUCCAGCGAAGCGUUUCAGGACAAGAAUAAUGAGACUCCAGGUUGCUUAGCAUUGCGAGCUGGCUUUCAAGGACUGUAUGAGGUCAUGGUAGAUGCUGGAGUCAGAGCAGAAAUGCUGCUCAAUCGAAUGGACGAGUAUGAGGCCCUUUCUGAUAGCGAUGACGAAGUUGGAGAAAGCGAGGCUCUUGGUGGCCAAACUCUUGGGCCAGAUGAGCUAGAAAGCACACCUUCUGUCCAAGAUAAUUCCGUGCCUGAGGAGACUGAUAGUCCAAAUAUUAAUGAUGUGACUUUGGAAACUAAUGUUCGCAACGAAGAUUAUUUGCAAGCUUCCCUUCGUUUUCAGAAUGGUCGCAUUCUUGACGAUUCGGGUAACGCUGUGAUGAUGGCGUGGGAGACUGACAUUAUGAAGAAAAGUGCAGAUCUAAUCUGUCCUGAGAUAGGCCUUCGAGUGCUCAACAUUGGUCACGGCCUCGGUAUAACCGACGCUCUUUUCCAAGAGAAGUCACCAUCUAUUCACCACAUCAUCGAAGCCCAUCCAGCAGUACUCGAACGCAUGAGGAAAGACGGCUGGUAUGAUAAGUCUAAUGUCACUGUACACGAAGGGCGCUGGCAGGACGUCAUUCCGAAAAUAGUUGAGCAUGGUAUGUUGUUUGACGCCGUCUAUUUCGACACAUUUGCCGAAGACUACAAGGCUUUUCGAGACUUUUUCAGCGACAACAUGCUUGGACUGCUUGAAGACAAAGGGAAGUGGAGCUUCUUCCACGGACUGGGCGCUGACCGGCAAAUCUGCUACGAUGUUUAUUCGAAAGUAGUCGAGAUGGAUCUGUUCGAAGCGGGAUUUGACACCGACUGGGAGACAUUGGGUGUUCCAGAAUCGCAGGAGAUUGAGUGGCAGGGAGUGAAAGGGAGGUACUGGGCAUUAAAGGAGUACAAGUUACCCAUUUGCUCAUUUAUCGCUUGA